AUGCCAAGACAAUUAAACAGACCGCAGAUAAGGGAACCACUUAUCUUGUUCCUCUUCAUUGUCUUCAUAAUCUUCGCGCUCAAACCACCGACUAACACGGUAUCGAAGCUAUCUCCGCUCGAGAAAAGAGCCGCUGCGUUGCGUAGAGAUCCCCAGGUGUCGAACUGUGGCAGUUUCUGUCCACCGUCAGAUACUACUACUCCUUCACCAUCGCCUCAACCAGAACCUAAGCAGACUACAUCAGUUACCGCUGGUCCUGGCGAGACUCUUGUUACUACAACUGAAACGAGAACCACAACAUUUGUUACUGUCAUCCCAGCGACCUCAUCCGCAGUCACGUCAACAGAACCUGAUGGUUCAGUAACUGUAACUGAAGUCUACGUACCUCCUAGAACAACAACUAUGGUUGAAACUGUUACUGGUGUUCGAACAUUCGCUACGCCAAAUCCGGUGUUGCAGAAGGGAGAGGCUAUAAGAUUGGGUGGAAUAGUAUGGACAACAGUGAUAGUUGGUUUUGUCUCAUUUUUCGUCAUUCUUCUUGCUAUGUAA